AGCCGGCGGCCGUGGAGCCGGUGUGCGUGCGGAGCGGGCUCUACGAGGUGGAUGUGGCCAGCGCCGAGAGCUACCCCGUCUAUUGGAACCAAACAGAAAAGAUCCCUGUAAUGCGUGGACAGUGGUUUAUUGAUGGGACUUGGCAACCUCUGGAAGAGGAGGAAAGUAACUUAAUAGAACAGGAGCAUCUCAACCGCUUCAAAGGCCAGCAGCUGCAGGAGAGCUUUGAUAUGGAAAUAUCCAAACCUGUUGAUGGGAAGGAGGCUAUUCACAGUCUCAAGCUGAGCCGUAACCACGUGGACUGGCACAGUGUGGAUGAAGUUUAUCUGUACAGUGAUGCCACCACAUCCAAAAUUGCAAGGACUGUUACACAAAAACUGGGGUUUUCCAAAGCUUCAAGCAGUGGCACAAGGCUACAUAGAGGCUAUGUAGAAGAAGCCACAUUAGAAGACAAGCCACCCCAGACCAGUCACAUUGUGUUUGUUGUGCAUGGCAUUGGGCAGAAAAUGGACCAAGGCAGGAUCAUCAAAAACACAGCCAUGAUGCGAGAUACUGCAAGGAAAGUGGAAGAAAAGUAUUUUUCCAAUCUUGCAACACACGUGGAAUUCCUCCCAGUGGAGUGGAGAUCAAAGCUGACCCUGGAUGGAGACACCGUGGACUCCAUCACCCCGGACAAAGUGCGGGGUCUGCGGGACAUGCUGAACAGCAGCGCCAUGGACAUCAUGUACUACACCAGCCCUCUGUACAGGGACGAGCUGGUGAAGGGGCUGCAGCAGGAGCUGAACCGGCUCUACUCGCUCUUCUGCUCCCGCAACCCCGAGUUUGAGGAGAAGGGAGGGAAGGUCUCCAUCGUGUCCCACUCCCUGGGCUGUGUCAUCACCUAUGACAUCAUGACUGGCUGGAAUCCAGUCAGGCUCUACGAGCAGCUGCUGCAGAAGGAGGAGGAGGAGCUGGAGGAGAGUUGGAUGAGCUACGAGGAGCGGCGAUUGCUGGAGGAGCUGUACAUAACCAAGCAACGGUUGAGAGAGAUAGAAGAGAGGUUACAUGAGUUAAAGGCAUCCACCAUAUCAAAACCACCUGUCUUAAAAUUUAAGGUUGAGAAUUUCUUCUGCAUGGGAUCCCCCCUGGCAGUGUUCCUGGCCCUGCGUGGGAUCCGCCCUGGCAGCAGUGGCAGCCAGGACCACAUCCUGCCCAGAACCAUCUGCAACAGGUUGUUGAACAUCUUCCACCCCACAGACCCCGUGGCCUACAGAUUAGAACCCUUAAUCCUGAAGCACUACAGCAACAUCUCACCCGUGCAGAUCCACUGGUACAACACAGCCAACCCCCUCCCUUACGAGCACAUGAAGCCAAGUUUCCUGAACCCCAGCAAAGAAGCUACCUCAGCCCCUGAGCCUGACAGCACCUCAGCUGCCCCCAGCCCCACCACGUCCCCCGUGCUGGUGCGGCGCCACUACGGCGAGUCCAUCACCAACAUUGGCAAAGCCAGCAUCCUGGGAGCUGCCAGCAUCGGGAAGGGCCUCGGUGGGAUGCUCUUCUCCAGGUUUGGCAGGUCCAGUGCCACCCCCCAGACCAUGGAGGCAGGAAAAGAUGGACCUGAGGGGGAUGACAAGAAGGCCACCACUGUUGGCACCCCACCUUUGCCACACAGCAGCUCGGGGUUCCUCGAACCCACAGUGGAACUGGAGCACAGGAUCGACUUUGAGCUCAGGGAAGGUCUCGUGGAGAGCAGAUACUGGUCUGCAGUCACAUCCCACACUGCUUACUGGUCAUCUCUGGAUAUUGCCCUCUUCCUCCUCACCUUCAUGUACAAACAAGACCAAGAAGAGACUGACAAAUCCAACUUAGACACUCUGUGAAUUUUUGGCUGGGGGGAAGGAGAGGAAACUUUCAAAACCAAUGGCACAAAGUGGAUGUUUGACCGCAGAGCUGCAGGACCUGUGGGCAUGGAGGUUUCAGGUUUUAAGUGCAUGUUUGGGGGGGUUUCCUAUUUCUAAAGAGAAGAGGUUAUUUGUAUUUCAAAGCACUUUAUAGUUUUCAACGUUUUGCAGUGCUGAAUUAGACCUGAAAGGAUUCCAAAUUCCUGUUAAUGUGGACUGUACAAAGAGCCAAGACAGCAUUGUAGCAUCCCGUGGGCAGUUGUGCUUGGGUGACAUCCUUGUUAAUGACCAUAAUUGCUGUUUAGUUCAUUAAACUAUUUUAAAAAAAUUAGUGGAUUUAAAAAAAAAAAACAACAACAACAACAAACCAAACCUAAUUUGAUUUCCAUUAACAAAAAAAAUACAUGUUCAGUACAAACCUAAACCCGCCAUGUGCUGCUGUUUUAUGUACCCUGUGUCAUUUUUCCAGGACUUGAUUCAGCUCCACAUCCAAUUAUCCCCACAUUGGAAGCCCAUCCUGACUGUGGCUUCUGAGGGCCUAUCCUACAUGACACAUUUAGAAACUAAUGCUGAAGAGGGGGAAAAAAAAAAAAAAAAAGCAUGAGGCAAAUAUUUGAAAUACUGUAAUUAUAAUUUAUUAUUCUCUCUAAUCGUUUCAUUUUAUUCCAGUGUAUAAAACAUUACUUUUUUACUGGUUUCUUUUGACAUAAUUUAAGAACCACAUUUAUUUUCUACAGUGUUAAGACUUUUUCUCAGAAAUACAUAUCUUUGUACUACUAUUCAAAUGAAUAUAUGGACAC